UUUCAUGUUUCAAGGAAGAGAGAACGUACCUAGUGUGGAGUAUUACGGAAGAAAAGUUGAGGGUGUAGGAAACAGUGUAACAAUAGUUAUAGGCCUAUACAGUCCUACACUGAAUGUUAUUUUGGUGUUAAGGUAUUAUGCUGGGGUUUUCUGUUGCCUACUAACGUUAACUGUAACCUAGGAUACUGAUAUAGUUGCAAAUUGGUAGCCUAGGUCGAUUUCUGACACCGGUAGUUUUUAUUCUUAAACAAAAUCCGGUAACAAAUUGUUUUUAAAGAAACGAGACAAUACUAUAAAACACAAUGUCACACUGUGACCAAAUUUUGGAAAAAGAUGUGGAUUCCUCGCCAACCGCGACCACAAACUCGAGCUCUAAAAACGGAGAUAACGGGGACGCCGUUAUCAAUGCGAGGGCAGUGUGCCGCGUUUGUAAAUGUUUAUAUCGCGAGCCUAAAAUUAUGCAGUGUUUACACACCUUCUGCGCAGACUGCGUUCGUCAACUCGAAUCAUUUUCGGUGUCUUCGGGAGUACACAAUGGUAAAGCGGUCCCUCUGGAAGGCGAGCCGCCCUCUGCCGUCACCGUUCUCUGUCCGGAGUGUGACUCCGAGGUGGACAUCCCGUUGUCCGGAGUGGACGGGCUGACCACUGACCACUUGGCCCUGGACGAAGUGUUUCUGGAGACGCUGAUGAGCAAGAACUCUGUGGUAUGCGACCUGUGCAGCGACGGGGACGCAGAGAAGCGUUGUGAGGUGUGCAGUGUCAACCUGUGUGAGUUUUGUAUUCAAGCACACAGGAGACAGAAGAGGACGUCGUCUCACACCGUCCAGUGUCUGGAGGACCUGAAGACCCAGGGUUGUCUCUCUCGGCCCGUCCUGUGCUCCCUCCACCCUGCCCAGGAGCUGCGUCUCUUCUGUGAGCCCUGUGACCUACCUGUCUGCCUGGAGUGUGCCGCCACCUUCCACCGCGACCACCGCUGCCUCCCCACACGUGAUGUCAUCGAUCGCCAUGGGGGCCGUAUCCGGGAUUUGGUUACCGGGCGCCUGCGGCCACGGCUGGACCAGCUGGAGGAGUCACUGCGGAAGGUGGACCUAUCCCAGGAGACCUUGCAGACCAGGGUGGAUGCGGCGGUGGACGAGGUGCGUUCCUUCGCACGAGGCUAUGCUAGUGCUGUGGAGUCGCACUGCCUGUUGCUGCUACGGCGCUUAGAGGACCUGGGUCUGCAGCGCAGGAGUCAUCUCCAUCUGCAGAGGGCGCAGCUGCAGCAGGCCCUGUCGGACACCCGCGGGGGGGUGGAGUUUGCCGAGCGGCUGCUGACGUGCGGGUCGGACGCAGAAAUCCUCAGUGCUAAGGACGUGACCCUCCGCAGGCUGGCUGCCCUGAUGGAGACUGGUUACAACCCCCCCCCAGAAGCCGUCUGCCCCGAUGAAGGGAGCAGUAUUUGCUUCCUGCCACAGGAGAGUGCAGGCGAGGUGGCGGGGUACCCGAUGGUGGGGGUGAUCCACACCAAGACCCUGGAGCUCAGCAGGUGCACCAUUGAAGGGGAAGGUCUGCAGCGUGGCAGGGAAGGCCAGAGAGGGGAGUUCACCCUGGUGUGUAGAGACUUUGCUGGGGAGCAGAUGGGUCGUGGAGGGGAAGCUGUCCUGGUCAGUAUGGUCCACAAGGAGAAGAAAGACUGCAGAGUGGAGGCGGCGGUGGUGGAUAACAAUGAUGGCUCCUAUUCUGUCUCCUACACCCCCAUGGAGCCAGGGCCCUACUCUGUGUGGGUGUGUGUCAAGGCCCUACACGUUAAGGGUUCCCCCUUUGUCCUGAAUGUGAGGAGACAGGUCCGGUGGCACCGUGGAACGUUCCACUGCUGUUCCUUCUGCUCCAGUGGGGGUUCUAAAGAGGCCCGUUGUGGCUGCAUGGGAACCAUGCCAGGAGGGUUCCAGGGCUGUGGUCACGGCCAUAAGGGUCACCCCGGUAAGCCCCACUGGUCGUGCUGUGGAAGUACGGUGGAGGCCUCAGAGUGCCUGCCACAGAGUGUCAUAACGGCAGUGGGUGGAACAAUAACAGCAGUGGGGGGGACAGGCUUGCCUCGGGGCCACCUCAGGACAGUGGAGCUCUGAGGGACAGGGCCAGGACACCCCUACCCCCACCAGAUAUCAUGGGUCUACAAAUCAACCCUUUCAGAAUUUCUAUUUAUUUCUAUUUUCAAGAUGUAGAUUUUAUACACACUACACAAAACAAUAUUUGUUGUGAUCCGCUACUGUAGCCAACUAUUCUGUCGUUUCUAUUGUUUUGCAUGUGCAUGUUACAUUACAAGACUGAUUUAGUGCCUUUCAUGUAUUUGAAAGACCAUUAUUUUUAUUCUGAAAUAAAUAACACUGGAAUAA